CCAGCGCUUGAGGCACCAGCCGGCCCAGUGUCUGUCCUCUGCACCGUCCUAGUGGAAGGUGUGCAGCUGUAUAAAACACUUUCAAAAUGUUUUCCCGAGUUGCAAAGCCUCAGACCAUCUGUGUUCUUGGUCAAUUUACCAAGAACUUCUCAACAACCAAUGUGGCCAACAAGAAGGUCGGAGUGAUGGGUGCGAGUGGAGGCAUUGGACAGCCACUCUCACUCUUGUUGAAGAACUCUUCUCUUGUGACAGAACUUUCACUGUAUGAUAUUGUCCACACCCCAGGAGUUGCAGCUGAUCUGUCUCACAUUGAGUCUCCUGCCAAGGUUACUGGCUAUGUUGGCCCAGACCAGCUUGCUGACUCUCUGAAAGGAUGCGAAGUGGUCGUGAUCCCUGCUGGAGUUCCUCGCAAGCCAGGCAUGACCCGUGAUGAUUUGUUCAACACUAAUGCUUCCAUUGUUGCCAACCUGGCAAAAGCCUGUGCUGAGAACUGCCCCAAGGCAAUGAUUUGUAUCAUCUCCAAUCCUGUUAACAGCACAGUACCAAUUGCUGCAGAAGUAUACAAGAAAGCUGGUGCUGAUACAAGCCGCAUAUUUGGAGUUACCACUCUGGACAUUGUUCGUGCAAACACCUUUGUUGGCGAGCUUAAGGGCUUGGACCCCACUACAGUAAAUGUGCCGGUUAUUGGUGGUCAUGCAGGCAUCACCAUCAUUCCCCUCAUCUCGCAAGCGACUCCCUCAGUUGAGUUCCCUGAAGAUCAACUCAAGGCACUCACUGAAAGAAUCCAGGAUGCAGGCACUGAGGUGGUAAAGGCCAAAGCUGGAGCAGGCUCAGCAACUUUGUCCAUGGCCUAUGCUGGUGCUCGCUUUGCCUUCUCUAUGAUUCGUGCCAUGAAUGGAGAGGCUGGUGUAGUGGAGUGUGCCUAUAUCAGAUCUAAUACGACAGAAGCAACCUAUUUCUCCACACCUAUUGUUCUUGGUCCCAAUGGCAUGGAGAAGAAUCUUGGCCUUGGCAAACUUACAGCAUAUGAAACCAAGCUGGUAGAGAAUGCAAUUGGAGAAUUAAAAGCUAGUAUUAAGAAAGGUGAAAGCUUUGUUGCAAAUAUGUAAACUCAUACACGGAUGUUCCUCCUUAAAUUGGAUGUACUGUAUAGGAAUUCAUUUUGAUUCACUGUGUCUUUUUACUAAGGAUGUGGUUUGUGUCUUGAAUAGUAACUGUAUAUUUGGAAGGGUAUGAACUUACCCUAGUUUAGCAACUGACAUCCAGUUCUAACUCUCCUGGGUUUGCUAUACCUGUAUUUCAAGUGUAUAACAAGGUUUGUGAUAGUUGAAGUUAAGAAAUUGGUAGUGACCCAGUCAUCGUAGUAAAUAUUGUUAUGUUGACCUGUACUAGACACAGUGUUUCAUCUGUACCUCUACAUUAAGUGUAGGUCAUCCUUAUGUUAUUUUAUUUAAGAAAUUUAUUGAUUUUGACAUUGUAAAUAUAUUUUCAAAGAACUUUGUUGACAAAUAUAAAUAAAAACCGGAAAA